AUGGCGCUUGGUGGUAAUGAGGUUAUUUUAUCGUUGUUGCAUCGGUUGGAUUGUUUGCUGGCUCGUUUGCUGAGACUAUUUUUUGCAUUUGAUGUACGGAGUAAGUACCUGUACAAUUCGGGGAUACUUGGUAGUCAUCUGUUGAUGACACGGUGCGAGCGUUUUGCCCGUCCGUCUGGAAGAUUUGGAAUCUCGCUGUCCGUGCUCUCCAGGUCGGAUAAUGCUGGCCUGGCCACCAGACAUUCCGACGGCAGAGGAUUAUGGCCACCUGGCAGGUACUGCACCUUGGCACCUUGGUACCUACAUCUAGGUAGGUAG